UCUACGCUUUUAGAAACGCUUCUCUCUGGCUUUCUCAACCGAAUCGAACCGAGGGACACCUGUCCACAUUUCAACAUGUUUCGAGCGCAGACAAACGCUUUUGAUGAUGCGGUGGUGAAGGCAACGGACGAGAACCUUACAAGUGAGAACUGGGAAUUUAUUCUGGACGUGUGCGACAGAGUCGGCGCAUCGGACACGGGCGCGAAAGAUGCUGUCGCGGCCAUGAUCAAACGUCUCGCCCACCGCAAUGCCAAUGUCCAACUCUACACCCUCGAGCUCGCCAAUGCGCUAAGCCAGAAUUGUGGUAUUCAGAUGCACAAAGAGCUGGCUUCUCGGAGCUUCACAGACGCUCUGCUUCGACUUACUGCAGAUCGCAACACGCACCAGCAAGUCAAGGCCAAGAUAUUGGAGCGCAUGGCCGAAUGGAGCGAAAUGUUUGCUAGUGAUCCGGACCUAGGCAUAAUGCAAGGUGCUUUCGAGAAGCUCAAAUCGCAGAACCCAAACUUGCGACCGCCUUCAAAGCCACAGAAGACGCAAAUUACUGAUGUCGAUCGACAGAAAGAGGAGGAUGAGUUGCAAAUGGCCCUGGCCAUGUCUAUCAAAGAGUCCAAGGGUGCUACUCCCUCGGCCGCCAAAUCUAAUGCUCCACAAAACGCCGCGGCCGAACCCUCGCAGUCCACUCAGCCACCGCAACCCGUCCCGUCAGGCACCACAGCAGCGACUGUUUCCAGAGUACGCGCCUUAUUCGAUUUUCAACCUUCAGAACCGGGAGAGCUGCAAUUUCGAAAAGGCGAUAUCAUUGCUGUUUUGGAAUCCGUGUACAAGGACUGGUGGAAAGGCUCGCUUCGAGGUCAAACGGGCAUCUUCCCGCUCAACUAUGUUGAGAAGCUUCAGGACCCGACCCCUGACGAGCUCGAGCGUGAGGCUCAUAUGGAAGGCGAAGUCUUUGCACAGAUUCGAAACGUGGAAAAGCUGCUCGCUCUAUUGAGCACCAGCUCACAGUCUGGAGGGAACGACGUGCGGGACAAUGAAGAGAUCACGGAGCUCUACCACUCGACGCUGUCCAUUCGCCCCAAGUUGAUUGAGCUUAUUGGGAAAUACUCACAGAAGAAGGAUGACUUUACCCAGCUCAACGAGAAGUUCAUCAAAGCUCGACGAGACUACGAGUCUCUGCUCGAGUCUUCCAUGUCGCAGCCGCAACAACCCUACGGAGCUCGACCGUAUGGGGCUUACAAUGCUCCCCCCGCAGGCGCUUAUGCAGGGUACCCACCAAACUCUCCUCCACCUCAGCAAGAGCCAAAUCGCUUCAACUACGCCGGUGGGCCUCCUCCAGCUGGCUCCCAGCAAGCGCCUUCGCAGUACCCCCCAGCCAAUUCCAACCCUGCCUUCUUUAUGGUGCCUCCUGGCCAGCAGUUGCAGCAACAAGCCCCGAAACCUGAGCCUCCUUCCGACCCUUAUGCUCCUCAAGGCCGCAUUCCUUCAUCUGGGCGCCCACAAAGCUUCGGUCCGCAAGAAUUAGCCACCCACCAUUUCGACUCUCCUGUGGACAAGCGGCAUUCAUUCAACGCGCCCUCGGCGCCACAAGACUACAGCUACGCUCCCCCAUCGCAGCCUGCCCCCAGUCAAGCUCCACCAGGGUAUCCGCCACAACAGCAGUCUAGCGCUCCACCGGGCCAAAACCCUUACGAGCCAGCGUCAUCGCCGUACCCUCCUCAGCAACAACAUCAAGCGCCCCCGCCUUCGUCAGCUCCUUAUCCGCAAUCCCAGGCUUCAGGCUAUGGGGGAUACGCGCCCCAGCAGCCAGAUCACGCACCACCAGCACCGCCGGGCGCAAGCAGCUCGCCGCCUCCGCAACAGCAGGCUCCCCCGCAAGGAUAUUUGCCCUACCGGCCAGCAGGACAAGCACCUAGCGCCCCACCUGGAGGAGACGAGGGAUUUUAUAGAUAG